AUGCCUACCGACAUUGAACCCGGCCUUCCCAUCGAGCUUUCGACGUUGUCACGCUCCUCGAGGCCUUACGACGAGCUUGGUCCCGGCGACGGAGACCUCACUCUGCGUCCUCCCAGCUAUAGCUCCUCCAACCCCAAUGACCCUUUUCCCUACGUACCGCCAACAUUCGCCAACAUCAACAAACUGGCCCCUGUGCACUAUGAGCUGCUCAAGACACUCGUCUUCCUCAUAUCCUCAAAGACAAUGUCCCUCUCCAAGGAAGUCGAGCACUCUAUGGCACCUAUCCUCUAUCGCGACAUUACCGUCACCAGCCGGCUGUUCAAUGGCGGCAUCAAAGACCAAGGCUGGGGCAGGUCGCGCGAGUGGAUCCAGGAUGCCAAGUGGAGAAAGAUCAAGUACCUCCAACACACCCGUACUCUGAGGAUCUACGACAGGUCUGCGAUGUGGGCUAUCUAUUCCCUAUCGCAACCCUGGCACGAACCAAACAUCACGCAUCUUUUCCCCUAUGUCACCAAAGUCGUAAUUACGGACACUGUCAGGGAUAUGAUUUACGUGUUUGUGGAUGAGGAUGGUGCGGAGAAGGCAUUGGAUUUUCGGUAUAUGCUGGAUGGACUUGGGAAACAGAUGCCCAGGACUUACGAGUUGAUCGAAGAGGGGCCUAAGGAAGAGUCUGAGGAUCAGUCAGGCGGGACUGAGAGAUGGGGUGUUUCUGGAAUCAUUCAUGUAGAUGAUCAUGGGCCCGAAACGAACAAUGGAAACCAUGCCUUGACCCACAACAAUUUGUCUAAUGCCACAUAUAGCCCCAGUCGUAAAGUCCCUCGUCCAUGUGGACGACCAGCUUCAAUCCUUAGCUACUUGGCUACAGCCGCGGCGAUCAUCACACUGAUAAUCGAUGUUUCCCAGAGGAGAUGCUCCUCUCGGUCAAAGUACCUGCCAUGGAUAUACGGGGAAGGGGAAUAUCUCACCAGCUACAACUACACCUCGGGGAACGAGAGCUAUGUUGAACAAGCCACAUCUUCUUUUGAUAUACAUGUAGGCUCGUUCAAGACCUGCGUCCAAGUGUCAUCAGAUGCCUCUUAUGCUCGGCUACCUACCCCGGUGUUGACGGACGAGACCCGAAACUAUCUCGACAUGUCUGACUUUCCGAUCCGCACCGGCGAUGUGAUGGGCUGGAUCAACUUUGUGGCACCUAUCCUCGUCAUGAUGUCGGGCUUCUUCCAGAGUAUGCUCGACUUUAGCUGCCGCGCUCCAACAGUCGGAUUAUUCGACAAGAAACAUCGAGGCAUGCACGUUUUCUUGGUGGUCGGCCAGCUAUUAGGAGUAGCUGCUGCUGCUACCGCGGUGGCCGUGAACACAAAGUACAUGUCUGAUUUGACCAAAGCUCUCAAUCGGGGGAAUGGUAUUUCCUUUCACAUGACCUGGGGAAUUGCCGGAAAGUGCGCAACGAUGAUCAUGCUUGCGGCGAGGACUGUUGCUACAUCCUUCUUACUGCUGUCAAACGUCAAGUGA